CUGCGUUGGCGGUGCUGUGGAACUUCUAAGCGCCUGAUUCAACGGCGUCCAACGCUUUCCGCCGUAUCUCCUCCGCCUCCGUCGCCGCCGCCUCCGCCUCUUCCGCCUCCAGCUCUCUCUGCCACCAUGACGCGGGGAAAACAGCCCGAAGUUGCCAAGAUGGUGACCUCAACCCCAAUUAAGGGGAAGGGGGGUAAAAAAAGGCUGAGCUUGGCAACACCACGAUCCAUCAAGCGACAAAAGCUUGCCGUGAAAAGGAAGGCAGCCACACCGGGAAGUGAAAAGCGCAAGCACAAGUUCCGACCGGGAACGGUGGCCCUGAUGGAAAUUCGUCAUUACCAGAAAGGGGCUAAUCUCCUUGUGCCAAAACUGCCCUUUUCUCGUUUGAUCAAAGAAAUUAUUCAGCAGUUUGGAGCCUACAGAUUGCAGUCCAUAGCAUUAAUGGCUCUCCAGGAAGCGGCAGAAGCAUAUGUUGUUGGCCUUUUGGAGAUGGCUAACCUUUGCAGCAUACACGCCAAGAGAGUCACACUUUACCCAAAGGACAUCAAGCUUGUCAGGCGUAUCCGUGGGGAAUAUUAAUCUAGAGAAACACUGACAGUGUAAUACAGUUCACUUUUUUUACAUGAAAGGCCUAAAAAAAAUUGGUAUUGCAGUUUAGGUGAUAGAAUAUAUUGUGUAGUUUCCUAGAAAAGAGGAGACAAAACCUUUAGAUACUAAAAAUUGCCUAUGCAGUACAAAUAUUGCUUUUGGUCAUUCUAGGUUUACACUUAGAUCAGGGGUCUUCAGUAUGUGGUCCAUGCAGCUAUUGGGUGAUUUUUGUUUAAAUUUGGUAAUAGUUUAUUGGGAAUCUUUUUUUAGAAGUGGUGUUGUAAUUUAUAAAAUAUAUACUAAAAUUGAUGGUUAGAAAUACAUAUUGAAAACCCCUUUUGUAGAGCAUUAAGAUGAAAUGAAUUAUUCCAAUGUUGAAUAGUGAGAAGUGCAUUUUACCAUUUAGGAGAAAUGAUAUUUUGACUAAGUUUUGCAACAAAUCUUUGUAAUUUUACUGUUUAUCCAUUUGGAAUAGUCUGUUUUUAGAAUAAGUACAUUUUAAAAAUGUAUUAUUUUAUGUUUAUGUAUCACUUAUUGAAUUAUAAAAUUAUGAAUAUUUAGAACUAUGAAUGUUUUAUUUAAUGAACGAAUUUGAACUUUCUAUUCUGCAGAUAAAAAAGUAUCUCUUAAAACUAUAAAACUCUUAUUUGAUUUUACCAUUUGCUGCUCUGUUUCUUUUGUUUAAGGAGAAUGGUAUAGUUACUAAUUAAUUAUGAAUUAAUUGAAGUAUAAAGUAUAUAGUCAGCUGGGGAAAAAAGACAAAAUUGGUAGAAAGUUCAGUUGCAACAUCUAUUUAAUUUGUUGUGCAUAUGGUAGGUUUGGUAUAAACUAUUAUGCAUAUAAAGUAAAUUCAAUUUUGUAUAAGAACUCACAUUUAUAUAUUGUUUUCUUUCCUGAGAAGAGGGUUAACUUAGUUGGGGUAAGAAUUUUUUUUCUGCCUUUUAAACCAAAUUAAAAUAUUUACAUUUAAUAAAACAAAGUAGACAUC